AUGGCGGAAGCUGAGCGCCUCUGCGCUGAGCUGCGAGCCUUAGCGAAGGAGCGCCGCGAGGAUUGGAAGCUGAGCUUUCAUGAGAAAGCGUCCACCGCCAGCGCCGCCAGCGCCCGGCUGCGGGAAGAGUGGCGCAGCUGGCGCGAGCAGCUCUUGGCACAGGAGGUGGCACAACUGCCCGAUGGCCAUCGUGUGCUCCUGCAAGCCUUGCUUUGCGAGAUGCUCUCCAGCUAUGCCGAGCUGCUGCCCGGCUUCUCCGUGCCGCCCACACCACGCGAGCGCGACUCCCUGGCCGCGCGGCUCCAGCAGCUUGCUAGCGCCGCGCAGGCCGAGACGCUGCGGCGGCUGGCGGACCGGCCGCGCCAGGAGACCUCUUUCCGCUCUGCGCACACCUCGAUGCUUUUGCGGAAGCUCGAUAUCUCGGAGCCACCGUCUCCACGCAGCUCUGUUCUCCAGAUCUGGGAUGCCUGGUAUGCCGCCGCAGAGAAGCGAUUUCAGACCACCGUGCUCGCCGCGGUACGGCGGCGUGGGCUGCUGGCGCGGCUGCGCCGGCGCCUGGCGCGUUAUGCGCUGAGGCGGCGGACGAAGGCCGUGGCCCUGGAGGCGGCCGAGGCCCUGCAGGGCGCGGUGUGGACCAAAGCGGCGGUGCGGAUCCAGGCGUUUUGCCGCGGCCGCUGGGGCCGGGGCUGGGCGUAUUGCUGGGCGACAGCGGAGCUGGCCAAAGAGUUCGCUCGGCUCCGCAAGAGGAGGAAGGCCCAAAAGGCCUUUGAACUGGUUCGAGCUGCCUGGAGUCCAGCUUUGCCCGUGGAGCUGAUGCUCUUGAAGGCCUGGCAGCACGAGCACGAGGAGCUUCUCCAGCGUGAACGCUUCGUGCAGCGCGCCACGCGCCGCUUCGAGGCGCAGUGGACGCGCUACGCGGAAGGUUUGGAAGCCUUUGCACGCACACAGGCCACCGAAAGGUCCAAAAACCGGGACCACUGGGUGGCCACCGCCGACCAGCGCACCGGCCAGCCGGUGUGGCUGAACGAGCGCACGGGGCAGCUGCGGGCCAACGAUCCGACGGAGCUGCGUGUGAAGGGCGCGGUGAGCAGCUGGGCACGACCGACGCUGAGGACAACUGGAGGAACACCUCGCCCAGCUGCAGGGCACCUGGGAUCAGGAGGACGAGGCCUUCGCGGCGUUGUACGCGGCCAACCUGGAGGAGCUUCAGGUCCUCUCCCAAAGUUCCUUUGCGCAAGCCUUGGCCUCCACUGCUUCCUCCGGAUCCGCGCAUGGAACCAAAAAGACCUGGGCGCACGAUUUAUAGCGGCUGGAGGAAAACGUGCUGAUGGUGGAAGAAGUGAGUGGGAUUGUUAG